GCAGCUAUUAGUUACGUUCUCAUUCUAUUUUUUCAACCCUCUCUUUCUCUUUCUACAAAGACUUUCUCUGUCCACAACCAUCAUACCAUUACACCUUACCUUACCAUACCACCCCUUCCAUCACAACAACACAAGAAAGAAAGAGAGAAAGAGUGAGAAAAACAAAAACAAAAACAAAAGGUGGUAGAUGCAUGAGCCACAACACAACACAACACAACUCACAUUAUCUCAUACCACACUCACCACCUUCUCUUCCCCCAAAAUUCUCAUAAUUCUACCUCUUCUCUUACUUUUUCCCUUCAGAUUUCUCACCACUUCUCUUCUCUCCUGCCACCUUAUCCCACCCUUUUCACUUUUUUAUUUUUUUAUUUUUUUUCAGGUCAAAUGGGUCUGUCUUUGCUGUUACCGUCCCCCUUCCAAGAAAGGUGGUAGGUUGAUGGGGUUGACUUCAACCUAGAGAGAAAGACUUGGCUCAUGUCUAUCUUUCAUUUUCAUCUGCCUGAAACAUUCCAUUUGUGGUGCUCACUCCCCAGCUGAAUUGAAGGAAAAAGUUGGUAUUAUACGAAAUUAACCACUUCGAUUUGAUGACUUGGUAAGAAGACUUAAAUCAGCUAUGGUGAGCUUGAGAAGGCGCAGACUCUUGGGACUAUGUUCAGGUAACAGUUCCUUUGUCACUCCACUCCCUCUGUACUGUGAGAAUUUGUCUAGUCUUGAAAAUUCAACCCAGCAAGCUAAACCCAAGAGUGAGCAGCCUGUGCUUUCCGAUGAUGCAAGCAACCUGGACAGUAAUACUGCUGUGCUAGAAGAGCCAGGAUCAUCAAAUGUUUCUGGUUCAAGCUCAUCAAAAGAACAGCUUAUUCAACCAAUCACAGCAGGACCUCCUAUCAAACGCAGAAAGCGACACAGAAGAAAGAAUUUGCACAAUCAAGAACCAUGCUUAAUGAGAGGUGUAUACUUCAAAAAUAUGAAGUGGCAAGCCGCUAUCAAGGUGGACAAGAAACAGAUCCAUCUAGGGACUGUUGGAUCACAAGAAGAAGCUGCUCAUUUAUAUGAUAGGGCUGCUUUCAUGUGUGGGAGAGAGCCCAAUUUUGAGCUUCCCGAGGAGGAGAAGCGCGAACUUAGUAAAUUUAAAUGGGAUGAAUUCUUGGCAAUGACUCGACAAGCCAUCACUCGCAAAAAACACAAGAGAAGGCUUAGUCCUGGACCAGGUAAUAGUCAUGAUAUGCUUCCACUGCCCAAAGAUGAUUGGGACAGUAAGCAAGGAGUGAGUGAAGAUGCAGAAUAGGAAACUUGUAUGUCUUGAAAGUUAUGCUUAUGGAAUAACUUAAGAGUGAAGAUGAGAAACCUCUAGGCUUCACACUUCAACUCUACAUCAUGCUAGAUCCAUUUUUAUUGUAGAAAAAUGCUGCAUUAUAUCAGACCUUGAUGUCAUUGAUCAUCCUUCAUUUAUGCCAAUUACUACACCUUAACCCAAUAAACAGUCCAUCCAAUGCUAUUAGAAUGUGACAACUACCAACUGUUGAACUCUAUCAGUCCAUCAAACUAGUGCAAAGCCAUUUUCUUCUUCUUCUUCCACUUGGUGGGAAUAAAUCUGCUGCUCUUUAUUUCUAUUGGUAAGGAUUUAUGCCUAAAUGAAUCUUUCUCAAACACUUGAUUGAA